AUGUGCGGCAUCCAUGCCGCCAUAUCAGCGGAUGCAGGUCGUCACCAGUUGGCCCCAGGCCUCGAGCGAAGGCUUCGGAACCGUGGGCCUGACCAUCUUGGAGCCGUAGAGGUGCAGCUCUGUUCAGGCGAGAGCGCCCUUCAUUUAACCCUGACCUCGACGGUUCUGUCGCUGCGCGGAGACCAUCUUGCAAAACAACCCCUGGAGGACGCGGAAUCCGGAUCUGUGCUUUGUUGGAACGGCGAAGCCUGGAAACUUGGCGGAAAGCCUGUUGAGGGCAACGAUGGCGAGGCUGUCUUAGCCCUGCUGACGACUGCGAGUCGUAACACCAGUAGCGAGGAUAGUGUCCUCGACGCCCUACGAACCAUCGAGGGACCCUUUGCCUUCAUCUUCCUGGAUAAGAGAGCAAAGAAGCUGUACUACGGGCGUGACCGCCUUGGACGUCGUUCACUACUGCUGAAAAGGGGAGACGAGUUUCUGCUCUCCAGCAUAGCGGAAGCCCCUGCCGUGGGAUGGGCCGAAGUUGAAGCAGAUGGCUGUUAUACUAUUCCGCUGGAUGGAGAAAACUCUCCGGCGGAGCUGAUGCCUAUUCGCCAUGAUUGGGACCAGAACAAAGACUUGGUAUCAAGUAUUGGCAUUUUCAACGCCUCUAUUCCUACUACCCCGACGACUCCCCUAACCAGCCAGUCUCUCUCAGUAAAGCAGCUGCGGGAUCAUCUGAUGGAGUCACUCCAACUUAGAGUUCUAAACGUUCCAAGACCUCCAAUGGCGGAAACGUCAGACGCGCGCGUUGGCGUGUUAUUCUCAGGAGGGCUAGAUUGCACGGUCCUGGCCCGACUUUCCAGUGACAUAAUUCCACCGGGACAAGCUAUUGAUCUGAUCAACGUGGCAUUUGAGAAUCCUAGGAUUGCUUCGCAAAACAAAAACCUGUCCACAGCUGAGUUGUAUGAGCUCUGUCCCGACAGGAUGACUGGGAGAAAGUCAUUUGCGGAGCUGCUAGCUGUCUGCCCAGGCAGACAGUGGCGAUUCGUUACUGUAAAUGUUCCAUAUGAAGAAACCAGCGCUCAUCGAGCAGAGCUGAUAGACCUCAUAUACCCCCAUAACACUGAAAUGGAUCUCUCGAUUGCUUGUGCCCUGUACUUUGCUUCAAGAGGACAGGGGAUGGGACAGCUGAGCUCGGAGUUAGAGGCGGCUGAACCAUAUAGUACGACAGCCCGGGUAUUGCUGUCGGGGCUUGGCGCGGACGAGUUAUUUGGCGGAUAUGUCCGGCACGCUACCGCUUUUACACGAAGCGGAUAUCCAGGUCUAAUAGACGAACUGAAGCUGGACGUCGGCCGGCUAGGCAAGAGAAACUUGGGGCGAGACGACAGGGUCUUGGCUCAUUGGAGCAGAGAGGUGAGGUUUCCAUACCUUGACGAGAGCCUCGUGAAGUGGGCCAUUGAGCUGCCUGCAUGGGAGAAGUGUGACUUUGACAACCCGGGAACCGGGAGUGAUUUGGAACCCGAGAAAAGGGUCCUGCGUCUCCUUGCUGACAGCCUGGGUAUGCGCUCUGUGGCAGCAGAGAAGAAACGAGCGAUACAAUUUGGAGCGCGAACUGCCAAGAUGGAAAGCGGCAAGGUCAAGGGUACUACUCUGCUUCUUCCUUGA